ACGCCCCCCUGCACCUCCUCGGUGCCUCACCGGGGCCCCCUUUUCCCCCCGGUGACUCCGUGGGCCGCUUCGUGAACCACCACGCGAUGAGGGAAGUCGGUGAUGUGCGAGUACCCCAGUCGUCAUCUCAUUCUCAAAGCCGAAGCACACAGGAGUAGUGACCGUCAGCGAACGUCCGCCCAAGUGCUCCUCCAGUGCGCCGCUCCAUUGCAUAGCAAACACAACACAAACAUGGAUCUGGAUCUGGUGGCGUUGACGGGGCUGGACGAGCAAACACCAGCGCAGGUGGCGAAGAUGUACGAGGAGUACAACGCAGACCCCGAGGCUCUAAAGGCCGACGCCGCCACUCUCAGGGAGUGGGUUGCCAUGCAGCCUCAUCUCCCAAAACUCACAGAGAAAGAGGACCAAUGGCUCUGUCGCUAUAUCCUCGCCUGCAAAAACUCGCUCGAGCGCGCCAAGAAAAGGAUCGAUUACUUCUUCACCGUGCAGAGCCGCUGGCCGGAGUACUUCCGAGCGCCCAGCAUCGAGGAGGGUGUGGCGUUUGCCGAGUACUGUCACGGCGGCCCUUUGCCCGUCCUCAUGCCAGACGGCACCCGGCUCACCUUCUACAGAUUCACCCCGGCGCUGGCGGCCGAGCCCUCGAACAUGAACUGGAUGAUGUUCUACAUGCUGUCGCUGGGAUACGUCCAGCUUCAGCUCACUACCGACAAACAGCCCCUCCGGAUUGAGGUCGUUUUCGACGUGAAGAACUACGUCAUGGGCCUCAACACGUCUUUCGUCGCGCACUUCAACGAGUUCCGGCGCUUUAUCAAAUGUCUUCAGGUCGCCCUUCCUCUCCACGUUCGCCGCGUCCAUUUGAUCAACGCUCCAAGCUUAGCAGUGACAGCCCUGGACAAAAUGGUGCGGCCUUUCCUUCAGGAAAAACUGAACAAGCGGAUAGUGACCCACGACAGCAUGGAGGCCCUAGCCAAGGCGAUACCGCACUACUGCCUUCCCAAAGAGCUCGGUGGAUCAAUGGACAAAACCUUGAAGGAAAUUACUUUAACGUGGGCCGGAGUAGCAGAGGAAUGCGAGAAAUGGUAUGACUCUCGCAAAUGGAUGCGGGCUGAUCUGGAGCUUAAACCUGACAAGGACUUCAACGAGCUCGACGGCACCUUCAGGAAGCUGCUUGUGGACUGAGCUGAUCGUGAGAAGGAAGAAACCACCAAGUUACCACAAGCUUCAUGCAUAUCAUUCAUUUACUAGGCACUUUAUGCGCGAAAGGAGCGGCAGGGUGAAUGGACGGCACAAUAAAAGAUAACAGGAGAGUGGCUAAAUACCCUUAGUAAAUAGUCAACACUGGUAGAACAAGAGUUUAAUUUUGAACAUCAAUUAAUGAACAAGUUCAAGUGUCAAGUGUGCAAAGUUUAGUCCCAUUGUGGUGCUGAACUGGAUUGUACGUGAACAAACUUCAUAGAUUUCCGAAAACACUGGCAGCUGCACACCAUCUGCGCUCAGAUAGCAUAGAACUGUAUAAAAAAAAUUACCAUGUCAUGUAAAAAUUCAUUAUCUUCGCAUGACGUUGUGAAAAUUUUGGAUACUUGUUUUACCAGGGAAUGUCGUUCUGCCUUACCCGUUUCGUUUUAAAUCUGUGAUAGCACCAAUUGUACUUAUACUCAACUUUUUUAUACAAAUAAAACUCAUAUCUUAUGAGA